AUGGCUUCUUCAAGUUCAAGCGUUCACAACAAGAACUGCCAGUAUGAAGUGUUUCUUAGCUUCAGUGGUGUAGACACCCGCAAGACCUUCGUUGGUCAUCUUUAUGCUGCUCUUCAUCAACAUGUAGUAAGACGUUCAAGGAUGACGAGCGACUUAAGAAAGGAAAAAACAUCAGUGAUGAGCUCUUACAAUCCAUUGAGAACUCCAGAUGCUACAUUAUUGUUUUUUUCCAAAAACUAUGCAUCUUCAUCAUGGUGCUUAGACGAGCUUCUCAAGAUCAUGGAGUGUCAUAACAAGGGCAAGCGGUUUGCCAUCCUCGUGUUCUAUGAUGUGGAUCCUGUUGCAUGUUAA